AUGGCUAAGUUGAACGAAAUCCCUACGGUUGGCGAUAACAGCUACUAUCUGCCUUCCUACAUCUCUGGGCUCCGAAAUUUGCGCAGGGUGAGUGCUAUCAUCAAGGAAGGGUACGAGAAAUAUCCAGGAAGAGCUUUCAAGAUACCGCUACCAGAUAGAUGGCUGGUGGUGAUUUCAGGCCCGGAUAUGCUCGAGGAUAUACGCAAGGCUACAGAUGAGCAGCUUUCAUUGAGAGCGGCGUUCCAAGACUUCCUUCACACUGAACUCUUCUUUGGAAGACAAACCCGCGUCGACCCCUACCAUGUUUUCAUUUUCAAAAACACCCUCACAAGGAGUAUAGGACCAAAAUUUAGCGACAUGUACGAAGAAAUGGUGGCUGCGUUCGAAGGGAUUCCUAUGACUCGUGACUGGACCAAAAUACCGGUGCUGAAGAAGGUAUUACCUAUCGUUUGUAGGACUAGCAAUCGCGUGUUUGUUGGGGCUCCGUUAUGCCGUAGCGAGGAUUGGUUGGCUCUCAACAUCGAGUACACAACCAAAGUAUUCUCUAGAGCAAUGAUGCUCAACCUCCUUCCUAAAUUAUUGCAACCGGUCGUGGGUCGGUUGAUAAGCCCUCUUCCUGCAUGUGUCCGACGUGCCGAAAAGCACCUGGUUCCUGUCAUCCUCGAGCGUUUAGAGGCAGAAGACAAAACGUACGGCGACUGCCCGGAUGAUCUCCUCACCUGGCUCAUUCAAGGUGCUCAAGGUGUUCAAGAGCGGCUCAAGCCGGGAAAUCUCGUUCGUCGUAUGCUGAACGCGAAUUUUGCAGCUGUUCACACAACGAGCAAUGUGAGAAGCCGAGUAACAUAUACCGAAUCUUUAAUGUUGAACAUUGACACGUCCUACCUCCAAAGGCCUUCUCUAGAGCACUCGUUCAUCUCGUGGUCUACCCAGAAUACAUAG